AUGGACACACGGUUCACAGGCGCUGCGGAAGGCCCCUUUCUGGUAUUGAGCGACAGCACCCUCCAGCACCUGCUCUUCACCCCCGGGAGGGGGAAAUCCUACGGGGUGGAGCCCGUCAUGGGUGGCUACGCGAUCGUCAGCCCGGGAGCUACGUUGGUCGCGCCCUACCGGCAGGAGCCGAAGAACCCCCCGGUCCUGGAAAUUCGGCGUCUCAAACAAUGCCUCCAAGACGCCUUUCAUCGGCCGGUGAAUGUGGGCCUCAUUCCCUUGCGGGAGAGCUUGCCGUCCCACAAACAAGGCUCGUACAAUUGGAUCGCCGGUGUUAGGGACGAGUACGGUCUCGGGUCGUUUGAGCUCCAGGAGCAGACCAUCAUGAGCCUCCAAGCCCGCCAAGAUGAAUGGCCUACGCCCCCGUACCUCGUCGACCAGCUCUACAAGCAGAACAACUGUCACUUCCGCCCGGAGGUUGCGGAAAAGGCUAUCGGCCUGCUUGUUGGUCGCGCGUUAAGGACCAUGAGACGACAACAGCCGGGCAAGUUCCAGGUCCUGGUGAUAUGCUCCUGGAACUCUACGGAUGACAAUGUUCACCAGGAGAUGCACGCCACGGCGGAGCUUUGCCGGGCUACCAUAGUCUCGGAGUUGGGGUCAUUGGCCGCCAGGCACACUCAGAAGCCCUGGGCAUUGAGGCGGUACUUGGAGCCAUUGGCUAUGAAGCGGGAGAUGCCGAGGCACCUUUUUCAGACCUACAUUCACGACGAUCAUCCAGGGCCUCGGGAGAUGUGCGACACCCAGUUUCAAGGCUUCCGCUUCUUCAAUGACGCUGAUCUGGAAAACGUGGUGCGGAACCACGCUGGGUCCAUUGGGCUGAACUUGAUUCAGCGCCUGACACAGCCUGCUCACCGAGCUGAUGUAUUCCGCUACAUCCAGCACUAUACAACCAGGGAUGAGUGCUGGAAGUUGGGCCUGCCGGAAUCUCCGGCAGGCCAGCUCCCAUCGGAGUACCUCCUGAUGGGCAUUGGCCAACGAGGGGACCACAUCUUCCAGGGCAUCAUCUACGGCCAACCCAAGCACCCCCUGCUCCUCCAGGCCAUCAAACACUCCUUUUCGCGCCGCAUCUUGUCUUGCAUCGCUAACAGGGAGUACAUGGUCUUCUGCAAGGAGCUCUGGCGACUGCUCCAGCAGGACCUGGGAAAAGAGCCUCAGGUGGGAUGGAACCUCACGCGGCUCUAUGGGCCGGUGUAUUUGUUGCGCGAGCACCUCGCCAAACAAUACAAGGGUGGUGCCACUGGCUCAGACGGAUUUCACUUCAAGACGGCAGGUGGACACGUGGUGGCUCUCACCCGCAACUGGGAAUGGCGUCGAGGCUUCAAGGGGGACCCCACGGCCAAAGAACGCAGGGCCCAAUUUCUGCUGCAGGCCCUGCCCCAGGCGGUCUCGGAGGCGCAGGAUGUGAAAGCCUUUGCGCACACCAUUGAGAUGCCUCCAAGGGAGCAGCAGGGGGCAUUGCCCAAAUUAGGCGAGGUGGGGGAGAACGUGGUGCAAAGCAUCGAUGACAACACAUUCGAUGCCAUUAUGGACGUGGUCAAAAACGAGCCCCACUACUACGAGGACAUACAAGCACAGGACGUUCUGAGCUUUAUCCCGAAGGGUCUCAUUUUGCACCCAAUGAGACAGGGGUGGCUAUCCUGUCGCCGCUGCAAGCAAAGAGGGUCGCAAAACCCGCUGGAAUUCCCGAACUCCGGCGGGGUGCUCAACCAUUUCCGCAACCGUGGAGGGGCACACACACCUUCUGAGCAGGCAGUGCAGGCCUCUUCGUCGUCGACGGCGCCACCCCCACCACCCUGGCUGCCCACUCAGUCGGCAAGUGAGACUGGCCAAAUUCCCGCACCGGAACCAGUGGCGGAUCAGCCGCCGCGGUCACGGUUCCUGCUGCCACUUCCCAGCUUCGACACAGAGCCAGAUCGCCUGAGCUCCCCCCCUCCUUGGGACACUCUGUCCGAGAAGGGACGAGCCGUGCAGAUCCCAACCGCUCCACUUGCAGGUGCCCUUGGUCUCAAUGACCUCAGACAGUGGGGACGGUUGAGACCGGAAGGGCACAUGGUGCAACCUAUAGCGCAUCAGCAGGGGCCAUUGGUCGGAGACGAGCCGCCGACGACGAUCCCGGCGGACCAGCUCAAGGUGGUCAAAUACCGCGGCCCCAUCGAGGUUACGGAGCUUCUUGGAUAUGAGGCCGGACCGUCCAUCCAGUCAAGAGACGCCGAGAUUCCCAGAAGGGAACGUAUCGUCCAAGAGUGUCAAUCUGAUGCUUUCUUCGACUGGCUACAUGCUUUGGCCACGAUUUUGCUGUUUAACGAGUCGCUGAUUCUGGGUGGACUCAAGUCCACUGAACUCACGGCAUUGUGGAGCCGCCGAAUUGCGACUCUUAGCAAAGUCCCGUGGAUUUUUGGGCCUCUCCUUCUUGUCCGCAAUGUUACCCACAAAACUUCGUGGAUGGAAGCAAUGUCAGCCCGACUGGUGGACGAUGAUCGAGGCCGUUUGACGGUUUCCCUUGCUAUGCCGGAAGGCACGCAGAGCCUGGCCACGAUCACAGUCUACUUCGGCGUACUCGGUGGCCUCUUCCGAAACAUGUGGGAUCGCGAUGAGAUGGCGGCACUUCUGGAGUCGGACGACAACUUCGAGAUUGUUGCGUCCACGGCCAAAUCCAUCUAUGAUGGCAAGGUCCAGCGGGGCAUGCGCAUUGAUCAUCGAGCUGGGGAUACAGAAGCGAAGAAGAACUACCUCAACCAGCAGAAGCGGUUGGCGGAGAAGUCCGCAGCCCCAGCGGACAAGAGGCAUCGAGAUGGCCAGGAGUGGAGGGAGCCCAGGUGGCAGCAGUCCGGCUGGUGGCACAACUACCGCAACCAGGGCUCGAGCAGCGAAGACCGCCAAGAUCAGUCUUCCUCUUCGUGGCAGUGGAAAAAGAGGUAG